UUAAUAAGCCUUAGACGGUUUCAGCAGAAGGCACACUCUGCUAAAUUAUUAUUGUUAAAGACAACUUACAAAGGUUUGCUCUUCUUCAAAGACACCUGUAUCAGGUAGGCUACGCUGUGAGUCAUCCACACCCGUUGACACCGUCAAUAGCUCCGCCUUCAUCAAACAGAAGGGGCAAUAGCACACACUUUUUGUCAUAACACACAGGGCGGUUCACUGUGUCUGAGGGGGACAGAACUGGUAAACAACUGCCAUUGCUGUCAGACCAAAGCACUGACAGCAUUUAGGGAUUUUUUUGUAAAGUUUUUCUGCAACUUCUAUUUGGGACCCCACCGCCGUUCUGCGCGGUCAUUUUUCGUCCAGCGCAAUGACUACGACUGUGGACUGUGAUGGUGCCUUUCUCUCCGCCAUACAGCCUAACACCUCUGUCAGCACUUACGCACUACCUUCGGAAGUUCAUCUGGGGCAUGGGAACACACUUUCGGACGAAGCAGCGAGGGCAAGACGGGUCCAGCAACAAGUGGCUCUCCGCCUAGCAGAAAGGACUAGCACUAUUCCGCGGCAGAACGGCGCUGCCUCGCAGUACGCCACGUCAGACUAUGGCGGGACGUCUAGCAUGAAAUACCAGACUACAGGCCCCGGGUUCAGCUCUCGCUCCUACGCGUACAGCAGCAGCCGAGCAGGAGGAGGAGGAGGAGGAGCAGCAUCAUCAGCUGUGGGCCCAGCCCUUGCCCAGUACGCUGCCGCCAGAGGCUAUACCUCGCGCUCGGCCGUCGACGGAAGCAUGAUGCGACCCAAGAUGAGCGGUGUCGCUGGAGGAGGUGGCGGAGGAGCAGCCAGCAGCAUGUAUUACUAUGACGACAUGCGGCCAGAGUUCUACGGAGGAGGCGGAGGAGGCGGAGGAGGAGGAGGUGGCAUGUACCGCACCCUGAACAGCAUGAAGACCUCCACCGCCAGGAGUGGAGGUGGCGGUGGCUACCAGAUGUCAGGUGGAGGAGGUGGCUACCAGAUGUCCAGCUCUGGCUACCAGAGCAGUGGAGGAGGCGGAGGGGGAGGCUUCCAGGUCAUGGGUGGUGGUGGCGGCGGUGGUGGAUACCAGAUGAGCACCAUGACCCGCACCAUGAGGAGUUCAGCCCCGCCGCCCGGGCCCGACCCGGACUCCAUCUCCCUGCGCUCCAUGAACCUCCAGCCCACCCCGGUGGCGGCCUGGAUGGCCCAGGAGGACAGCGACGGGGGCAGCCUGGUGUCGGAGCCCAGAGGCGGGGGUGGUGGGCAGCAGCAUGCCUUCUACGCCUCCAACGGCAUCUCCCAGAUGGCCAGCUCCUCCGCCACCCAGAUGAGGUCGGCGGCCACGCUGCCCCCCAUGAGGCGCUCUCUCAGCGGGACGCUGGCCAGCUCCAGUGGGGGCAUGGCCGGGGGAGGCAUGGUGGACAUGGUAGACAGACAGUACUCCUUCAAGGGCCCGGCGCACCGCACCAUCAGCCGCAUCACGAAUCGCAACAACCGCAUGAGCAUGGGCUCCGUGAGCGGCGGCUCGGUGUAUGGCGGGGCGGCAGGCGGGACCUGGAGCGGCUCCCAGGGCCAACUGGGCGGACGCAUCAGCCGCGCCAUGAGCACCAAGAGCAUGCAGAGUGUGGGCAGGGGCAAAGACGUCUUCGACGGGGAGCUCAACGGCAGCAUGGGCAACCUCAGCCAGCUCAACACCUUGGACAUGCCUACAGCCCUGAGCUACCUGGAGAUGAGCGAUCCUGCUCUGCAGAUGCUGGGGGCUGCCUACAUUCAGCACGAGUGCUACCACAACAACGAUGCCAAGGCUGAGGUGCACCAGAUGAAAGGCAUCCCCCUGCUGGUGGAGCUGUUCACCAGCGACAGCGAGGAGGUGCAGCGCUACGCCACGGGGGCGGCCCGCAACCUCAUCUACGAGAACAUGGGCUGCAAGGUGGCGCUCAUCGAGGCCGGUGGCAUCCCCAAGCUGAUCGAGGCCCUCGACAAGCCUGACGACGAGCUGCGCAAGAAUAUCACCGGUAUUCUGUGGAACCUUUCCUCCAAGGACAACCUGAAGGAGAAGUUGGCCAAGGAGACCCUGACAGAGCUGACCUCCAAGAUCCUGGUGCCCCUGUCCGGCAUGGACAACCCAGACUUCAUCGAGCAGAACCCGUCCGAGAAGGACAUCUUCUGCAACACCACAGGCUGCCUGAGGAAUAUGAGUUCGGUGAACGAGAAGACCAGGACGCAGAUGAGGGAGACCUGCGGCCUGGUGGACUCACUGGUGGCAUACAUCCAGAGCACCCUGGACGACGGCAGAGUGGAGGAGAAGGGAGUGGAGAAUGCGAUGUGUGUCCUGAGGAACCUCUCAUACCAGCUGUACAGCGAGAUGCCCCCCUCCGCCCUGAUGCGGCUGGAGGGCCCCACCAGGGGGCAGGAGAUCUCCACGGCCGAGGCCAUGGGCUGCUAUACCCCCAAUAGCAAGAAGGCCAAGAAUAGGCAGAACCAGGACCUGACGACCUUCAAGGAGGUGGCGAAGAUCCCCAAGGGCAUCGAGUGGCUGUGGCACCCCAACGUGGUAGGCCUGUACAACCGUGUGCUGCAGAAGUGUGAGAUCAACCGUGCCACACGCGAGGCCUCGUCCGGCGCCCUGCAAAACAUCACCGCCGGGGACACACGGUGGGCCUCGGUCCUCAGCCGAGUGGCUAUCGAGCAGGAGAGGAUGGUGCCCGUGGUGCUGGACUGCCUGAGGGCCACCAGUGACAGCGAGCUGCGCACCAUCACCGGCUUCCUGAGGAACCUGUCCCGCCACGCACGCAACAAGAAUGACAUGGCCACUAAGGUGGUGAACCACCUGGUGGGCAAGCUGCCCAAUGACGGCCGGGAGAAGGAGCCCUCUAGCGAGGUGGUGGUGAACAUCUGCGGCACGCUCAACAACCUGGUGACCGCCAGCGAGGUGGCCGCCCGGGACAUCUCCUACUUCGACGGCCUGCCCAAGCUCAUCGGCAUCAAGACCACCCACGACGGCAGUUCGGCAAAGUCCAGAGCAGCCAAGGCAGCAGCAACCGUCCUCUGCAACAUGUUCCAGUACAAGAAACUGCACAAGGAGUACAAAAAGAAAGGAUAUGGGAGAAACGACUUUGCCGACUUGAGCAUGUGAGGGACAUUGUGACAACAAAGCAACAAAAUGCACGGAAACCUGUUUGUUACCAUGGGAACUAUUUUUUAUUUCCUGGAGGAUGAUCCUUCUGGCACUGCCUUGUUGGCAUGGCGACAAACAGCCAAGCACUGUGUACAAAGACAACAGCAGUACAGAGGAACUGAACUCAAAGCCCUAGUGUCCAGCAGUAAGAGGGGCUGUAAGGUCUCUUUUUACCUGAACCCAGAACUUCAGGGACUUAUUUCUAAUGUAUAUCUAUGCAACAUUCAUCUUCUGCAUCUGGGAACAGACUUCUUCAUCUGUGGGAUUCAACAGGGACUAUGUGAACUGUAAAAAAAAGAAAAAAAGAUAAACACCACCAAUGCUUGUCAUGAUGUGACAUAUUGUUCUGUACAGUUUCUAUUUUCAAUGCUUGGAAUGAUUUUGUUGUGCAUUUUUUUUUUUACCUUUAUGGUACAUUACUCAGAAACCCGAAAUGUACUCUAUGGCCGAGUACAGUGAGGUAAAAAAAGAAAAACAUUUUUGUACAAAAUUGCGCAAAGUGUGCAAAAAGAGAGCAAAUGUCCAAUGCCCAAGCAAAAUGCCCAAGCAAAUUGUGGUAGUGAAAGGUGUGGUCACCAUAACUUCACCUGAGAACAUAAAGGAGCUUAUUGUCAUAAAGGACUUUGGACAUUGAAGAGGCAAUGAGUGUGGGGUGUGACUUGAUUGGUACGUUGAUACGUGUAUACUGCAUAGAGUGCGGUACACUGACAUCCAGGGCUGCUGACAGCUUUUGCCGAGCCCAGGACAAAGUCAUCUGCAAGGGCCCCCCAUCCAAUACAUACAAUGUAAUGAGGACCCAAUUUUGCCUAACAUAAUGUCCAUACUGGUGCAUCUUCUAAUUUGUCUCUGUUAAACUCUCAUAAAAAAUACACUGUGGAUGUUGAAUUAUAUGACCUGCUGGUGUGUGUAAUGUGUAUGUGUCUGUGUGCGAGAGAGCCCGCCCCAUACUUGUGGACAUGCAAGUAACAUGUUUGGAGACCUACAGCACAAACAAAGGACUUACACAUGUUUACUUACAACUCUGGUGUUUGGCAUUUAUUUUCCGUUGAACGUCUACUUCACUUCUCAUGUAUAAGGUUUGUGUGUCUUUGGGAAGUUGUUGAAAGUUAGAACUUUCUGCUUUCCUAAUUCAUGUACCAUUUUAUCAUUACUCUCUGUAGUAUCCUACUGUAUGUGGUGUUACCUGUUCACAUCUUUUGAAAGACUAUGCAAAGGAUAAAUCAAGGUUAUCCUCAUGUAGUUUCAACUACAGCAGCAAGCCAUCUUAUGCACUCUGGUGUUACUGGCAGUGUAGGCAAUUUGAGGAGGCUUUUCAUGCUAAAGGAAUGAUCUGGUCCGGUGCUACCGAACAGGGGACCAGAGCUGACGCGAUGCCAGGAUUGUGUAAAUGGGAUCUUCAGGUAUCAACCUUGCAAACAUGGUCUCACAAUUUUGGCAACAUCCGUGAACUGCCACACAUUUUGUGUCCCAAGGAGCCGUGCUGAAUUUCAUAGAAUUCUGUGAGCUCAUGUUGCAGCUGCUCUAAUCACAAUGGUGUUCUUGCAGUGUAACCAUAGGGCCAUGCAACCAACAUGGUGAAUAUUCACAACUGUGCUUUUUGCAGUUUUCCAGGAAAAAUGAAUUGUUAUUCAUGUGUAUGGGGGUGGAACAUUGUUUUAUUUUAUAUUUUGUCUUUUUGUCUUUGUACUUUUUCAUGCAUUGUGAGUAAAAAAAAAUCUAUACUAUUAUUAAAAUAAUUGUCAUUAUUUUAAGUCAUGUAGACUUAAGGUUGCAUGUUGGAUUGGAUAUUGUUUCAAUUUUGUAUUUAUUUGGAUAAAUUGUGUAUGUAUUUGCACAGAUGUGAAUGCCGCCCAUUUUUCUCCUGGUUUUGGAUGUAUAAAUAUAAUUUGAAAAGUGAGAAAAUGAGUUAAUAAAACUGUCUCUCACACGCACG